AUGCUCACUAACACCUUAAGCCUGGAACUUAUCAACCACUGCCCACAGCCUGUGUGGCCAGCCAUUGCAGCCAACUCGCCGUGGCAGAAUGCGCCUAAUCCACUCACGGACACCUCGGCUCUGCACUUGGGCGACUCACGUCACUUUUCGCUGGCAGUGCCUUGGUCUGGCAGAAUAUGGGGUGACUGUGGCCGGUCAUCGUGCUGGAACCAGACCGGCAAGGCCACCACUCUCUUUGAAUUCGACACAUCGGGAGGGCAGGUCUCCUACGAUAUUAGCCUAGUCGAUGCCCUUACCCUCGGCAUGAAGAUCAUACCCGCGAAUCCUGCGUGUCCCCCUACCGAGUGCGAUGUUCCUGCUUACGUAGGAUCAAAUGCAAACGGCGUCCUCUGCCCAGCCAGUAAUCUGAUAUGGCGCAAUGGCGCAAAUGGAAACCUGUCCGAUGUUCUAGGCUGUAAUUCGGACUGCACUUUGCACACGGGGGUAGCGCGCUUUUGCUGUGAACCAGGGCCAGAAGGGCGCAAGAUGUGUAGCGGCGCCAACCCUUGGUUCAAGACCGUUUGUCCAAACGUGUAUACGUACGCCUCUGAUGACGAGACCGGUAUGAAAGCAUGCAGCACAGAUGCUUUCAAGGUCAUUUUCACGUGCCCACAGUAG